UUAAUGAGGCUGCAGUAAUGGGCACUGAUAGGUGGCCCUAAUGGGCACUGAUGAGGUGACACUGGUAGGUGGAACUGAUGGGCAUUGACAGGCAUCACUGAUGGGCACUGAAAGGCAGCACUCAUAUAUGGCACUGAUAGGUGGCACUGUUAGGCGGCAGUGAUAGGCAGCACUGAUGCGCAAUGUUAGGUGACACUGACUGCAACUGAUAGGUGGCACAGACUGGCAUUGAUAGGUGGCACUGACUGGCACUGAUAGGUGGCACUGAAAGGCAGCUCAGAUGGGCACUGAUAUGUGGCAUUGAUGGGACAUGUACACUGAUCAUCAGGGCACUGAUGAUCAGUGUGGCCCCAGAAGUGCCACCUGUCAGUGCUCAUUGUGCCAUGUGCCAGUGCCACAUGCCCAUCAAUGCCACAUAUCAGUGCAUACCAGUGCACAUCAAUGCCACAUAUCAGUGCCCAUCUGAGCUGCCUUUCAAUGGCACCCAUCACUGCCAGUCAGUGCCACCUAUCAAUGUCAAUCAGUGCCAAUCAGCCACCUAUCAGUGCCAAUCCGUGUCGCCUAUCAGUGCGCAUCAGUGCCAGUCAGUGCCGCCUAACAAU